AUGGCGUCCUCGUUCGCAAGACCGAAGCGAGGGGGCGACGAAGACGACACAGACGGUGCGCCGCAAUCCUCGUCGAAAAAACCUCGCUUUGAUAUCCGCAACCCCUCUGCACUCGCGCCAGAUGCCCUGGAAAAUGACGCCGUUUUAGACGCAGAUGAGUUUGGCCAUAGAGGUCAGAGGGUCCGUCGCAACGCCGUGAAAGUGGAAGGAUUUGAGUCGGACAGCGAGAACGAAGGCUUCGAUGCCCGCGCUGAAGCCAAAUCAAACGCCAAAAAGAAGGAAGCACAGGCCGCGGACGAUGAUGACAUAUUUGCGGAGCUUGAGGAUGACUUUGGGGAAGGUGACGAAGACAACAAGGACGGCGUGAAGGAGAAGAAGCAAGUUCGGUUUUUGGAAACGGACGAGAUUGAAGGACAGGUUAAUUCUUCGCGAGCCGGGCGGAAGGUCACCCUCGAUACCCAUACGGCUGGCGGAAAGGGAAAAGGACGGGCAGUCGACGGGGAAGACGAUGACGAUAGCGCCAGUGACGUGGGUGAUGAGGACCGCGCAGCACUCCCAGAAAACGUGGACAAGGAGCUCGGAGCUGGUGGUAAAAAGGAGCAUGCGCCUCUUCUCGAUGCAUUUAACAUGCGAGCAGAGCAAGAGGACGGUCGCUUCGACGAUGCAGGCAACUAUGUUCGAAAGGCAAUGGACCCAGAUGCCGUCCACGAUUCAUGGCUUGAAGGAGUUUCCAAAAAGGAUAUGCGAAAGGCUAGAGAAGCGGCCGAAAAGCGAGAGGAGGAACGACGCCAACAGUCCUUUGCUGCAGACAAGAUACUGACGUCCGACGUUCUGAAGACACUAAUACAACACCUUGAUCGAGGAGAGACUAUUCUGGAAGCCCUGGGCAGGCUAGGCAAGGGACUAAAACAUCGACCGAAAUGGCAGAACAAGAACAAAAAACACCAUAAAAAGGCAAACGGUGCUGCUGACGAUGUGGAAAUGCAGGACGAGGACCCCAAAGAGAUAGAGAGGAAGCGGGCUGUGGAAGAAAUCACUGAAGCUGCCGAUAUACUACUUAGCCGUGGCCAAACAGAGAUCUACGACGCAGAGCGAGCGCUUCUCAUCAGGCAAUAUCAACGAGAGACGGGGGAGGAGUGGGUGGACCCUCCUCGCCCUGAAUCUACAGACUCGAUGGCAGCUGAAGGGGGAAGUGAUAUGUGGGAGUUCCGCUGGUCGGACGCCCGUGACGGUGGUAUAAUACACGGGCCUUAUGACCGAGCAACUAUGCAGUCAUGGAGCAGCGCUGGAUAUUUUACUGAGGGUGGAGCGGAGUUUAAAAACACCGGAAGUUCAGGUCCAUGGAGGCUAGGAGACCCCUUUUCAUGA